UACACGUUUAAACCUCAACGCCGAUCAGUCUGCGCGAAAUCUCUACCCGGUGAGGUUGCUCUCCACUCACACAAAUAAUUAUUUUCGUUUAAAACAUUUUCUUUUUUCAAAUUAACACUCAAUAAAAAUAUUUUUACAUCAACAAUAUCGUAAUUAAAUAAUUAAUUACCCAGUGAUUAUUUUAAUUUUGAAUUUUUAAAUUCCAAUGGUGAAAGGUGGACGAUAACUUUUACUUCGCAUUAACCUGUUAAAAACGCAAUAAUAAUAAUAAAAGUAACGAUAAAUUUUAAAGAAAUUCAAAAUUCCCGCGGAACAACUGGAUAAAAAUAUAGACGUUAAAAUAAGUUUAAAUAUAUCCAGACAAUGCAGAACGAGGUGCGACAGAGGCCGAUCGAGCACUCGUGCACAGAAUCACUACCGGAUAUCGCAGUGACAAUGGCCACUGGACAAGAAAUCCAUGACGUCUUUAGCCUGAUAGUAGAUGACGUGGAUUCAUCAUCAAUUUUGAGUGAUAGCCCAGACACAGAGGGUCUGUCAACAGAAAGCAAUAGCUCACGUAAUUCGACGUCACAAACACCACUAGAUAGUCCUGGUGGGCCACGUGAGAGGAUUAAACAGAUUCAGGUCGAGGCUGAAACUCGUCGAGACGAAUUUGCCAGACUACUUGAAGAGCACGCACAAGUUGUACGAAAAUUGAAGAUGAUGGAAGCUGAAGAGCAGCUCUCAUCAUCGUCUAAUAAUGUCGUUGAUCCAACACACGCAUGAUUCAAAACUAUUUUUUUAUUUUAAUAUUUAAUGGGACCACGUCAGCUCCACUAAGUUAUCAUUUUUUUUUUUUAAAUUACAAUUUAUCAUUUUUCUUGCUGAUGAUGUCCUUCAGGUAUUAGAUUUCGUGAUAAAUAUUUUACUUGUAAUAGCAAACGGUACUUAUUCCAACACACAGAAGUGUAUUAAGGUAAACCGUGUGAACGAAAAUACUUUUGUUUUUGUUGGAAUUCCUUUUUAAAAAUUUUUUUUUAUUAAUGUCUACUCUUGUUUCUCGUAUUUGUUCUCGUAUUAUCUCUUGUGUCACCUGACAUACGACAAUAAUGAAGAAUGUGUUGACGUUAUGCACUUGCUUAUGAAAGAAAGAAAUUCUUUUUUUAUUACAAAUAAGAUAUAUAUAGAUAUAUAUACGCGUGUAAAGAAAACUCGUUCGAAAAAAAUUCAGACAGUGGACUUUGAAAAUUUAGAAAAUUCUAAACUUUGAGUUGAACAUUUUUGGAAUUUUAAAAUUAGAAGUGUGAAAAAUUUUCAAAUAGUGUAGAAUUUUCUUGUGGGUUUAUAAUUUUUUAAGCGAAAAUGAUUUGAAUUAAAAAUUUUUUCAGUUCAUAAAACCUUGGCGGGUCUGAAUUACGGUAAAUUACGAUAAUCACCGUAAUUUGCCGCAAAUUACGUUAUAAUACCGUAAAUUUCGAAAAACUCCCACAAUUUACGGCAAACGUGCGGUAAUUUACGGCAAAACUUCAGCAUUUUUACCGUAAAUUUUUGGUAAGCAGGCGGUAAUUUACCGUAACAUUGCGGCAAACAUGCGGUAUUUUACCGUAAAGAGAAGUAUCGCACUGUACCUUAGCAGAUCCAAAUUACGGUAAAUUACAAUAAUUAGUACAAAUUACCGUAAUUUACGGCAUCCAGCAGAAUUACCGCAAUUUGCGGUAAAUUACGGUAUUGUUAUCUAUUUCGCCGUAAAUAGCGGAAAAUUGUCACAUUUUUUACCGUAAAUUGCGGUAAAAUGACACAAUUUGCCGUAGAUUCCGUAAAUUGCGGCAAUUCUGCUGGAUGCCGUAAAUUACGGUAAUUACAGUAAUUUACCGUAAUUUGGAUCUGGUAGGGUAAAAAAACUCUAGAAAUAAAAAACAUACGGAGCUUACCAUAAGAAUGCCAGUAAAUUACCGGAUUUUACUGUGACUCGUUGUAAAAUACCGUAAGUUACCGCAUGUUACUUAAAUUGUCGAAAAUUUCGGUAAAUUUCCCGCAUAGUUGCCGUAUUUUACGGAAAAUUGCUACAAAAAAUCGGUAAAUUACCGUAAUUUAGAUCCGUCAGGAAAAGUUCAGAAUUGGUUCCAUUCACUCAUUUUUUUUACUAUUUUUGAAGGAGUCAAAAAUUGCAAAAAAACUGACCUCAAAAAGUUCUAAUAAAAGUCAAAAAAUUUUCAUAAAUAUUUUCAAAUCAUUUUUAUUUUUUUUGUGCCUCGUACCUGGAUAAUUUUGGUAAGAGUCGUAAAUGUUCCCAAUUCCUAAUUAAUUUCUGUUUUUUGUUGUUCCUCAAACCCCAAAAAUUGUCAAAUUAAAUUAUUUUUGCUCAAAAAAAAAAAAAAAAAAAACGAGCAGAAAAAACCUACAUCAGUUGAAAAUUGUUCACUUUGAAAUUUUUUCAAAGUUCCGAAAAUGUUCAAGUGAAAGUUGGAAAUUUUCUCAAUUUUGGAAAUUCACUGUCAUGAAUGUUUUUGAAACGAAUUUUUUUUACACGUGUAUAUAAAGUUAUGCAUAACAUCGUUGGCCUAAUGAUUUUUUGUACAAAAUAAAAGUAUACAGAGGGUGAUAAAGAUAACAAUCGAGAAAUAAAAAUAGACAUUGUUGAUAUAUUACUGAUAUAAAGUAGAAUUGAAUGCUAUAAUUUCAUAAUAAUCCAGGUAAAAAUUUGACAGUUGAUAGAAUUAUCACGAGUCAUCUGUACUGAGUGAGUUAAUCACGCUAUUCAUUAAAAAAAAAAAGAUAAUUAUCAAUUUAUAUAUC